AUGUUUAAUAAAUCGUUUGGAAGUCCGUUUGGAGGGGGUACUAGUGCAUUUGGAGCCACAUCAACAUUUGGACAAAGUAAGUGUUUAGAAGCAGUGUGGUAUGUAUCAGGUGUAUGGAUUGCAUGUCAAUAAGCAGCCUAUAGGUUUCUGUAAAACAUGUCUGUGGCAGUGUUAACCUAAUGCCAAUAUCUAAAUAUGCAUUGAUUUCUAUUAGUCCUCUCUUUAUUCCCUAUCCUAACAAUUCAAAGCACACUGAACAUGCUUGUCAUGUUUAAAGAAUCUUGAAACACAUGAAAUACAAAUCCCCAAUUUUUCUCUUAUUUUCGUUCUGGCAGCAGCUGGAUUUGGCACAACUCCCACUACGGGCUUUGGAACAACAGCUUUUGGCACAAACAAUAACAGUGGAGGCCUGUUUGGGAACACGCAGAACAAACCAGGUAGGUUGCUAUACAUUUCUGACUGUGAUUGACUAACAGUGAAUGAAUGGUCUGGUCUUUCAGCAUCUUGUGAUUGGUGUUUAAAGAAACAGAAAAGAGGAGACACCUAAUGGGAGUGCACAGUCCUGGCUCCACCAACCCCCUCUCCCCCUAAUAAAAUUAACAAGAAAUUAAUAACAUUCCAAUGCAAUCCUUAAAGAAGCACUACAGUAUUAGGAUUACAAACAUGUAUUCCUAAUCCUUUCCCUGUCCCUUGUCAGAAAUAGGUCCCUCACCUCAAAAAGUCAAAUAUUUACAUACCUUUUUCCAGUGUUGAGGCUUCCUCAUAGUGGAGCACUGGGGACUUAAAGGGACACUAUAGGCACCCAGAGAACAUCAGCUCACUGUGUCCCAGUUCCCUUAACCCUGCAAAGUUAUUGAGAAACUGCAAUAACUACCUUGCAGAGUUAACUCUAAGCAUCCGGACUUCCCUCUAGUGGCUGUCUGGCAGACUACUUUUGGUUGCUUGACGUCCUCACACUGUGCAUGAAGAUGUCCAUGACCUGAAACGCCCCAUAUUGUAUAAUGCAUUUCUAUGGGGAAUCACUAAUGUGAGUGCGGCCGUUGCCACGCAUGUGCAUUAAUUGUCCCUGGCGGACAUCAAGCCAGUGCCGACGGACAUCGGUGCUUUACUCGGGUAAUUGACAGAAGGGGUUUUCUGCACCACAGGAGGGCCACUAUAGGAAGCUCUGGUGCCAGGAAAGCAACGUUGUUUUCCUAGCACUAUAGAUUCCCUUUAAUGCGCAUUCAAACUUUCCCAUAGGGUGAGUGCAGCAGAAGUCUCUAUUGGCUGUCAGUAUGAGACCUAACCAUGCAGUGUAAACAUUUUACAUUUCAGGGUUAAAAGGACCGGGACACUGCACCCAGACCACUUCAAUGAGAAUAAGUAAUCUGGGUGACUAUAUAAUGUUCUUUAUUGGUGCCUACUAAUAGGACAAUUUAGGCUGAGUUUGUGAUGGAUGACAUGCAGCUGUUUAAUAGAUCACCUGAUGUUUAAGCAUUGUGCCUGGGGAUUUGUCCUCCAAAUCUGAUCUCUGAAACUACUUGCUUUGUGCAGUUUUUGCCUUCUUGCAGCAUGUGCAUCGUUUGGCCUCUGCAGUAUGACCUCUAGUGACUUUAUGAUCAUGAAUGGAUGAUUGUGCACAACCCAAACCACCUCCUAAACAUCUGGAAGAACAAUAAUUGAAUGUAUCUCUAGUAAUCACUCUGCCUUACGCGGCCAUCAAGAGCAGUUACUUUGCUUGGUCACCAAACUGUCUCCCUUUAUUUCCCCCUUCCCAGGAGGACUGUUUGGCUCAACUACAUUUAACCAGCCAGCAACAUCCUCCACAAGCGCAGGAUUUGGUUUUGGUACAUCCACCGGUACUACAAACAGCCUAUUUGGUUCAACAAACACUGGAGGAGGCCUCUUCUCAUCUCAAAACAAUGCAUUUGGACAGACCAAGCCUGCUACCUUUGGCAGUGAGUGACACCUUUGUCAUCUGCAUGUCUACUGGAUAUUUUGAAAACCUGUCAUUCAAGUAAUUUGUGCAAUUCUUAUAAUCUUUGCUGUCUUUUUCUUUAGAUUUUGGGACCAGUACAAGCAGUGGCGGUCUCUUUGGAAACACAAACACCACUUCAAACCCUUUUGGCGGAAACUCCAGUUCCCUCUUUGGGGCUAGUACUUUUACAGCCGCACCAACUGGAACCACAGUUAAAUUUAAUGUAAGUUAAAAGCAGUCAUUUUAGAGGUGUGUUAGGGAAGGAAUCGUGUGACUUAAGGCUUCUCGUGCUUGAGUCUUGCGUCUCCCCAACUGCUUUUCAAUUAGAUGUUCACGUAUAGGUCUCCUCUUGAUUUGCGCAGCAUCUCAUUUUCCCACGCAUGUGUACUAGUCUUCCAAUGUUUCUAUAUGGGAACCCAGUUUUUUUGUCACAGCAUGAGUUUCUAAACUUGGCAAAUCACAAUCUAUUUGUAAACCAGUUCUGGUUAUAAGAAUUUUAAUUCAAAAAUCAAACUGAAUCGGAUACUGAAUUGUUACCAUUUUCCUGCAGCCCCCUGCUGGUACAGACACCAUGGCCAAAGGAGGUGUUACCACCAAUAUCAGUACAAAGCAUCAAUGUAUUACAGCUAUGAAAGAAUACGAGAGCAAGUCCUUGGAGGUAAGUCUCUCAUUCGGUUAGGUUAUGUGAGAAGAUUUUCAUGUUUAGGACCUUAAAACCUGGUUUAACAAUUGUCCUAAUGAUAAACUUAAUGUCUAAGAUAAAUAUAACAUUUUGAAAAUGUGCAGAGUAUUCCAUUUACUUUGUAGUCAUGUAUAUCUUGUGACGUCUACAGGAGCUGCGUCUUGAAGAUUAUCAGGCCAACAGGAAAGGACCCCAGAAUCCAGUGGGAGCUGCAACAGGAACAGGACUGUUUGGAGCUUCAACGGCAACAUCAAGUGCAUCAACAGGGCUGUUUGGUUCCACAGCCAACACCAGCUUCUCGUUUGGUGGAAACAAAAACACAUUUGGCACUAGUAUGUAUUCCACCUGCUCUUCUGGUUGUGCCCUAUGUUAAAAUUAAUGAAGAUUUGCAGGACAUCCUGGUCUGUUCAUGUAGGUAUUUGACGCGAGCAGGUACCUGUUUGGUGUGAGCAGGGUUAAAUCCCUGUUCACAUUGUAAUUGGUGCUGGGCUUUGCAAGCUGCCCAGUCCUAUCAAUGUGAUUGAUUGGGGAAACAGAACUCCAUUGAUAAUUACACUGAAUGUAAUUAUGAUAAUGGUCAGUAGAUGGCGUUCAUAGACCACUAUCUACUGGGUUAAAUAGAAAACCCACUUUCUAAUUUCAGAAUUGAUAUUGGCAGAGAUUUACCGGAGGGUUAGUGGUGGAGAUAAGAUUAGCUGUAGGGUUAGUGUUGGUACUCUACUGUUUUAGAGUUGAGAAUAGUGUUAGGGAUACGAGUAAAAUUAAAGGUUGCGUACAGUUUUUGCAAACCUUAGGUAAGUGAUAUGGUUAGUAUAGCGUUAGCGUUGACUAUCGGAUUCAUUUCGAUCCUAAACACAUUGUGGUAUUUAACAGCCCAGACUGAUAUAUUCUUUUGAGUUUGUUGCACUAAUGUGUAAACUUUGGAAAAAAAAUUGUACACCCCACCCCUCACUUUAUUCCCAUUUGUAACAUUUUAACACUUAAUGUUAGGAUAUCAAAUUAAAGCCAUUUGUCUCUAAAAAUAAAACGUGUAUGGGGAAUGCUUGAAGAAAAACACUUUAUGGUGGAACAAAUCUAUAGCUUAAACUCAAGCUUUUAGUUCUGAGUUAGGAUAAUUCUCUGUCCUUCAGUAGUUAAAUAUCUAGAAACAUAACCCUAAUUAUCCUUUAAUGUUAUAAGUAUUCCAUUUUAUAUGGCGAUCUGAUUUUAAUGGCCUUUACUUUCUUACAGGUGCGAGUGGUUUUGGAGCAAGCACGGGAGGCCUCUUUGGAGCAACAGCCAGUCAGCCAGCUACCAGUUUGUUUAACAAACCCUUUGGAGCAGCAACAACAACGCCCAGUACUGGCUUCUCGUUUGGAAACACAAAUACUCUGGGUCAGCCCCAGCCUAACCCUAUGGUGAGUAUUGUAUUGUGACAUCCCAAUGGAACUCACAGUGUGUGUGUGUAUGUGUAUAUUUUUUUUUUUUUUUUCUGUCCCAGUUCUCACUUUGGACCUAAUUGACUUGCCUGACUAAUUCUGCAACCUCUACCCAGUCAAUGUUUCCCUUGUAAAUAAUUCCUUUUGUAUAAAUUAUACACUCUUCUAGGGUCUCUUUGGAACCACUCAAGCCACACAGUCUGCUGGUCUGUUUGGAACUACAACAAACACAAAUGCUGGCACUGCCUUUGGUACUGGGAGCGGCUUAUUUGGACCAACUAAUACUACUCCAUUUGGUGGUGUAGGCAGUUCGGUAUGUAGGAACGUUCAUGUCCUGAAGACUUCUUAUAGCUCAGUAUUGCUGGCCUGUAUAAAUCUGCUUAAUCAUGUUCUCUUUCUGUGACCACUGCACUGACCGUUUCCAAUUGUUACUUUGUUCCAACUUAAUGGACAGUAAACCUAAAUGCAAGCUCCGAGCAAUGUGACUGUUUAGUAUUAAAUCUGCUUUACUGCUGGAUUAACAUCUAGCCGAACAGUCUCAGACCACGUGGAGAUAAAUUAUUGGUUAUCUAUCAUUACAACCUAACUUGUGGACUGAUUUAAAUUCCCUUUAUUGUUUAAUACUUUUUUGGGUUUUUUGUGCGCGCGCACAUGUUAAUACCACUUAUUCUUGUCCAUUGCUCUUUUGUAGAAUUAAAGUGCCAGUGCUAGGUAUAUUUCUGUAAAUUUGCGUUGGUAUGCUUUUUAAACAUACAUUCUUUUCUUACAGACUCUGUUUAGUAACAAACCUGCUGGGUUCGGGACUACCACGACCAGUGCUCCUGCAUUUGGCACAAAUACCGGCGGGCUCUUCGGUAACAAACCAACCCUGACUUUAGGAACCAAUACAAAUGCUUCUAAUUUUGGUACAUAUGAGAGAGAAACCCAAAAGCAAUGGUUUAAUUUGGAACCACUACACUGUGUAUACCAUGUGUCCUUUCCGGCCUGCGUGGCUAGAGAACACCCUUUCUAUGUCCGUGUGAAUAGAUUCUCUCAUAGUGUAGAUUUAAAGCCAGCUUCCUGUGAGUCCAGCAUGACUGCACUUGUUAGGCCUGUGUUUUUCCAUUUGUAUUAGGAGCACCUAGUAUAUGGCCUGCUGUAAUAGCAGUUUUACAACAGUUUGAAAAUAAUCCUGUUGUACACCUUAACCUGCAUGAUUUCCCCCCGCCCCCCCUCACCUCCCACGUACUGUGAGUGUCCCCUUCCUUCUUGUGGUAUACACAGUGUAUUAGAAGACACUGCCACCUUUCUGACAUUAUAAGCUCUUAAGUUGGUUUAUUUCUCAUAAAGGCUCUUUAGGUAGUAGGUGUGGAAUAGUAACUAAAUAAAUGCUUAUGGUCAGAUUGUUAAAAGAACAAGUCUCAUCCUUGCUGGUAAUUGUCCAAUCCCAAUCUUCAGGCAGUCAUUAAUGGCUUUUCCCAGGGCUGCUCAGAUAUCGAUUAUUUUUUAUUUUUAUUUUUUUAUAUAUGUAGGAGGCAAAUCGUGCUAAGCUGGGGCUUAUUGUGGAAAAUAAAUUUGGAAUUCUAGAUGAUUAACAAGGUGAUUGCAGUUUUCUGCAAGCCUAGAACAGCUAGCAUUGUCAGUUGUUGAAUCUGGCUAAACUGACCUAGCUAUACACUUUUAACAAUUCUCAACACUUUUUUAGUUAGUGUUAAAAAAAAAAUAAAUAAAAAUAUUUUUUAAGCCGUCUUAUAUUUUGGUAACCAGACUGCAUGAAACUGUCUGAAAAUAAUUAUUUAUCAACAAAUCCUUAGAGUUCACAGUGCUUGUGAUAAUCAGGGAAUAGGUAGAAAUGUUCAAUGACCCCUCGGGUACAACACACAGCAUAAACCAACUCAUUUUAUUUUUUUUUGUGUGAAGGAUUUGGAUCAAACAAUACUGGGACAGGUCUCUUCAGCAAUAAGCCCGCCACUGGCACUCUUGGCACUGGACUUGGGACAGGAUUUGGAACAGGUAAAGUGGGGAAUAAAAUAGCUUCUCCAACCUGUCAAUCAAUUCUUUGGCAUAGACUCUGUAUCAAGGAAUUGAUUGAUAAAGGAGAGCAGAAGAGACCAACCACAGCAACCACCGUGCAUGUUCUGUGGUUGCUAUGGUAACUCCCUAGCACUGGCUCGGGAGUAUAUGAACGGAGUGACUCAUUUAUAGUCCGUUCAGAUGCUGGCAACAAAACCAGUGUGUCGGCGUCCUGUAGGUUUGCCAUGCUUGGGGAAGUGUCCCCAACCAGAGCAAAUGGGUAAAGAGACCGAACAGAGCUUGGAGGGUCGUGUAACUGGUAACAUGUUAUGGACCUAAUUUUUGCAAUGCCUGACUCUAGGGUUCCUGUUCUCUUUACUGAACGAUGUUGCUCUGAUAGUAGGCAGGAUGGGCACAUUUUGGGUGCUGAGCGGGCUUACUGUAAACCUUAUGGGGCAGAUUUCUCACUAGCGGAAUUGGAUAACUUUACCAUUAUUGAUACUUGUUCCCCUCUCCUAGCUUUGAACCCUGGACAGACUUCCCUGUUUGGAAACAACCAGCCAAAGCUGAGUGGCACACUUGGAACUGGCACAUUUGGAAACACAGGAUUUAAUGCCUCUUCAUGUCUUGGCAAUGCUCAAGUCCCUGUUGGUGAGUACUUAUCAUGUGACUAUCAAGAGCUUGUCCCAUAGUGCAGUAAUGGAACGUCUUCUGACCCAGUGUUGUGAAGAUUGCACCCUGGCGGCAUGUUCUGCAAAGCCUCCUGUUUACACUGGCAUCCUAAAGUUUAUAUAUCAUGGUUUUGUGGCACUGCACAGCUGGGUCCAGUGACCUAUGUCUUCUAGAGCCACACUGGAGGACAGUGUACCUUUUCUUCUCUAUUCUACUUGUUAGUUGACAGAUGAGGCCACUAACCCCUAGUUUGCCCUACUUAAUGUUGGAAAUACGUAGGUAUAAAAGAACAUGUUCAAUAACAUGCCACCUGUUAUCACUAAAUAGUGUCUUGUUAGCUGCUCAAAUAUAGUUUACAUCCAUUUGCUCAAAUUUUAAUUUUCUGAUUUUCUCACAGCUCUGACUGACCCUAAUGCAGCAGCCGCCCAACAGCUUGUUCUACAGCAACAAAUUAACACGCUGGCAUACUCUCCAUUUGGCGAUUCUCCUCUCUUCAGGAACCCCAUUUCUGACCCAAAGAAGAAGGAAGAGGUAAGUGUUUUGGCAAAACAUCUGCGAUCUACCAUUGGUAGAAGGGCUUUCCUGCCCAAAAACAGAUUAUGCUAAAGAGUCAUGGACCUGUGUAAUAUUAUAUUUUUUUUUUGGUGAGGGCACAUUGUUUGGCAUUGUGCUUGGUAUUGAUUCACUUAUCAGCUGUUCAGGUUGAAGAUCUCUCUUGUGCCUCUUUCCUAGCGCCUGAAACCGACCAAUCCAGCAGCUCAGAAAGCGUUAACCACUCCAACACACUACAAGCUAACACCACGUCCCGCAACCAGAGUCAGACCGAAAGCAUUGCAGACUGGCACUGCCAAAACACAGCUCUUUGAUGGACUUGAUGAUGAAGAGCCACCCCUUUCUAAUGGAGCCUUCAUGCCAAAGUAAUUGCAUAAAGCUCAUGUGUGCAUAUGUAUUUGCAUGGUGCAUGUGUAUGGUGGAUCAUUAAAUCUAAAUGUUAGAAAAAUUAUCUAAUGUUGGGAAUACAUGUUGGUGUUCAUUUAAGAUGGGUAAUAGCCAGAUUUUAAUAUGCCGUAUUUAAUGUAGUUUAGUGGUACUUCUUAGAAUUCCAGCACAGACUGGUUGUCGUCCUGGUGAACUCGAGGGGGGGGAGGGGGGGCGCGCGACAUCUAUGAAAAAUUAGGAUGUGGUUAUUUGCAUCCUUUUAAGAAUUGACGGGGUCUCUAACCGAUUCAUUGAUGAAUUCCCAGUGUUCAAAGCUUUGGUGUCUGGGUGGUCAUUUUGAAUGUUUGGUUGUGUUAGUCAGUCUGCAUUGUGGUGAGUUUAACCUGUUAGAGCUUUGUACGAGUAUAGAGUACUCGCCAGCAGUGGUUUAAAUCCAGGAACUUGUGGGGUGGCGGAGCCCUUUCUAUUGCUAUAUUCUCUCUUCUUGUUAGUCUAUCCAAUGCCAUGUUUCUUUUAUAGGAAGAGUAUAAAGAAGCUGGUCUUGAAAAAUCUGAACAGCAGCAGCCUGUACUCCCCAGUGAGCAGAGAGAGCGAGGAGUUGGCGUCCCCAUCUAGUUACGCUGAGAAUGGAGAGAGGUAAAUGUCACUUACUGCUCAGAUCUCUUCAGCAGACUGAUCUGUGGUCACCAUGUCUCUCCCUAAACGAAUUGGGCUAGAGUAAUUAUCUUUAUCGUUAAUUAAAACAAAGUUUGCUACACAUCAGCACAAAAACUGAAAUGGGCAGAUGUUGCUCUAUAUGGUGCUACAUUCUGACAACUGUGCCCAUUUGCAUUGCAUUCUGGAUAUGUCAUGACAUGCAAUCAAAUAGUCAAUCGGAAACCAGAAUAAUUUGGUACUCAAUGCAUCUGUCAAUUUUCCUAUUUAAUGGUCGAAUGCAGCCGACUUGUCUAAAACGAGGGUGGUUUUCUUGUAAUUAUACGAGGAAAACAAAAAGAAUUAACCUAGGGCCAAAAUUUAGAUAUCACAAGGUAGAGGGCACAAAAAAAGGUGUAACCCCUAAAUGGUGAAUAUCAUGGAGAAUAAACAAAAAAAAACAAAUGCCAUUCUAGCUGUGUAUGAUUUACUGAGAAGAUUGUAGAUUAAAAAGUAACUUUUAAUAAAUAAAUCUAAAAUAAAAAUAUAUAUAAAAAAAAAAUAUGAACAGCAGGAGUAAAUGGAGACUAUACAGUGAGUAAAACUCUGUGACUACUUAUACAAGCUGUAAAAGUGUAUACAUAAUAACACUAAUGCUGAAGCAAUACUGUUUAGCUACAAUAUAACAGUGUAUUCCCAAGUAAUAGAAGUGAUACUAUAUUAUAUAUCACUAAUAACUGUAACAAGAGGGGGAGCUAAGACAACUGCUAAACCAGUGCUGUUAAAAGAUAUGGAUAAGUAAAUCCCUACAUGAUGGUACAACUAACGACAUGGGUUAACUCCACAUACAAUAAUUGGUAAUGUUCUAUGGUGCUUAACCUCAGAAAGAUCAAAGGUAAUGGUUCAGCUAAGACAGAUUUCAGCUAAGACAGAACCGGCGAUUAGCCAGUUAAAUAUCACAAAAGCUGCCUAGAUCAUAGCAGCAUUUUGAUAAUAAAUUAAAGAUUGCUGUCAAGCAGUAAAGUAUAAAAUAAGGGAUUGGUGACCUGGCUCAAUUUUUUUUUCUGCAAGAUACCUAGCAGUAUAUUCUAGUGUAACAACAACUGCCUGCACUGAAUGUUAACUUAUGCUUGACCACAGUGGAGCACAAAAUAGUAGCUCACCUGUGAAGGACUGCUGACAGGCAGCAGUUAACCGGUUAAAAAAAUCACAUAAGUUGCCUAAAUGCUAGCUGCAUUUAAAUAAUAGGUCAAAGUAUAAAGAGAGGGUUUACAAACAGUUUUAAACAGGUUGCCUAGGUAGUAGAAAAUAUACAGACAGUGACAGAGGAAGGCAUAUAGAAUAAAGAUUCCUGAGUCUUGUGCCUUCGAGGGCACCCCUUAAUAAAAUGCCUGGUCUUAUCAAUCUCCCCCCAUAAACAUAAUAAAGGAAAAAGAAAGAGAAAUAAAGUAUGUACAGAGUACACAAAAUUAGUGUUAAGAGUCUCCAAUAUGCACUCCUGAGAUGCUGGACAUGAAUGAACUUGAUGUCGGUAAUUUAGCAAUAGAUAAGCAGAGAGUUAGGUGCCGACACCAAUAAUGUGUCAGUAAGUGUCCAGAGCCCCUGACGUGCACGUUUCGCCAGUGAAGCUCAUCAGAGGGGAACCAGAUGCUGGCAAACAUAGGAGUAUUUAAAUCAUAAGCUCUCAAUUGAUUGGAGGAUUUUUAUAUAUAUUUUUAUUUUAGAUUUAUUUAUUAAAAGUUACUUUUUAAUCUACAAUCUUCUCAGUAAAUCAUACACAGGUAGAAUGGCAUUCGUUUCUUUUUUUUUUGUUCUCUAUGGUUUUCUUGUAAUAUCAGCUGUGAUUUCUAGAAAGCAUCAAUAAGAGCUAGGAUUCAGUCUGCCUGAGGCCAGAUAUCGUGAGUUAAUUCUGCACCCAUAAGCUAAACAUUGGUGUAUCUGUACGAUGCACUAUAGAUCAUCAUGGAAGUGUUUCUGUAUCAUAUUGUAUGUUCCACUGAUGAAUGUGCUGUGGGAGUUCCUUGAUGGCCUUUAAAUUCUCCAUUUCAGAAAUGAAAACCACAGACUGGAAACAGAUGGGGAGAAUGACGAAGUAGGCAGCUUUUACCCACCUCCCUUCUCAAAGCCUCAGAGUCAGGAAAAGAAGCACUUCAACAAUAUUGAUGAUACCAUUGUAGCGCUAAACAUGCGCAAAGCUCUGCACAAUGAGAUGGAAGCCAGCACAGAGGAUGUGUCCUUCAACGAGGAGUCUCUGCAAGAAGAUGGGGAUGAGGAGAACCACCUUGAUUUAACUCCACACCCUGCAGGUAAGCACCAGGUUCCAGGGCCUCAGAACCAAACUCUAUAGGAGAGGGUGGCAUAUUGUGGAAUAUGUUAACCGUCUGAAGGGGAAGGGUUUUUCAGAAGUAGAUAUCGGUCCAAUCAUUUCAUUUAUGUGGACAGGCAGGGAUCUGAUAAUAGGGAGAUAUCUUGGUAAUCCUAUAUGAACAGAUUAACCAGGAUUCCUGAUUUAUUGCAGAAACAGUCACGAACAAUAUUCUAAAGAAAUCUAAAUAAAAUUGAUCAAUAAGGCGACAGAUCUAAUAACAUGCAGUACAAUAGACAGUCUUCAUUAAGGCAAACAAAAGGUUUAAUAAAGUAUGCAAGACAAAUACAUUGGGCAGUUAAACAAGUAUGUUACACAAUAGGGAUCGACUGAUUACUGGUUUUACCGAUAUCUGCCGAUAUUCGGUGUUUUCGGCAAUAUCAGCCAAUAGAGAUAACGAUAAUACCUCCUUGGAAUGCCCGUCCCAUUACAAGUCCGGCCGUUACGUACCUUCCCAGCAGCUCUUGCAGCUCCCCAGUGAGAGUCCAACAGCGCGUUGCCACGGGUUACCAUGGCAACGUUCCUCAGUACGCAGACCGCAAGAUUUGACAUGGGAGCUGUUGGGGUGGUAAGUAAGCGCUUGCUGCGGCCCACCUCCGGACCACCAGGGAAUACUGUCCCCCCUCCCUGGUAAGAAGGGGGGGGACUGAAAAAAAACCUUUAACUAUAAAAAGUUAUUAAAAUAAUAAAAUUCCCCCCUCCUCCCCCAUUUUACACAAAUUACAUCUCUACACACAAAUACCCAUACACACACUGCAUUAUAUACACACACUGCAUUCACUACAUGUGGCAUGUAUAUUUUGUGCAUUUACCUUUAGAAUUCAUUUAUUUUUUCAAAAUGGUAAAUGUACAGGCUAUCGGCCUGAAAGUUCAGAUUAUUGGUAUCUGCUCUAAAAAAAUCAAUAUCGGUCGAUCCCUGUUACACAAUUAUCUCAUUCAAAUGGGCAGGUAUAAAGGAACACUGAAGUGGCUGUUUAGGUAUCAGGCCCCCUGUCAUCUAAGUAAAAAGGUAAUUUUGUAUACCUAAAAGUUUGAAAUACAUUUUUGUUUUUACUAACCUUUUUCCCCCAAGCCACAGCUGGCUGCAUCUCCAUGUCCAAGAUAAUCCUGAUAAUCUCAGCCAAUCAUAUACUCUCGCAUUGGGAGGCUAUUGUGCAUGCGCAGCCAAACGCCGCGUUGUGCCAACCAGCAUCUCUUUAAGAGAUGCAUUGAAUCAAUGCAUCAUUGAGGAACAUUCUGUGUCUCCAUGGAGUGUGUGGAGGUGCUGAACGUGGAUUUUGAGUGACUGCCACUAGAAGUGUUACUAGGCAGUAAUGACAAAAUGGACAGGCUAUAGAGCCUAAGCUGUAGAGGUUCUGGUGAAGUGUCCCUUUAAACUCACGAUAUCUCUCAGCAAGCAGAUGUUUAAAACUAAAUCUCCUACUAUGCAUGAGUCAUGAUAAACUGCUAAGCUGUUACACUCGUAACAGAAGGCAAUGAUUUCCUGUAACAAGUCACAGGUUUUUUUUUUUGUUUUUUUUUUUAAAUAAAUCCUACAUCAUGAGACUGAGCUUAUGUUUGCUCUAAAUGUGGUAGAAUUGGAUACUAUCGGUACUGCAGUUAGGAGAAUCUAUGUAAUCUAAGAGAAUAAAUUUAGUCUGUUUUGGAUUAACUAAUUCUAGAUGAGGUAAAUUACCCACUAAAUUUGAAAAGAAGAUUCUUUCUUAAGGCUUUUGGUCGCCUAACUGACUCUGCUAUGCAUGAGGAUGUUCAGGGUCUUGUAAAACCCUAUAGGACAGCAUUAGACAUGUUUUGCUAUAGUGGAAGUACUAAUGUGAGUGCGGUCAUCACCGCAUCCAUGCGCUAAUGCGAGUGCGGUCAUCACCGCAUCCAUGCGCUAAUGCGAGUGCGGUCAUCACCGCAUCCAUGCGCAUUGAGUCUCAGCCGGCUGAGAAGGAGCAGAGGCAGACUCCAAGCCACUGACACUGGAAUCACACAAACUGAAAAGGUCUUUAACCCCUUCUGCACUACACGGUGGCCGUGAUGGAGUGGGGCACUAGAGGAAGCUAUAGUGCCAGGAAAACCACUUUGUUCUCCUGUUACUAUAGUUUCCCUUCAAGGCAUGGUUUAGAGCUAUCCCUACUUAUUAUACACAUUCAUAUCUUUCUAAUCCAAUUAGAGAUUACCACCUCUGACCAGAGUUCUCACAUCUUUUAUAUAUAUUUUUUUUUAUGUUUUCGUUUCUGGUCUGUUGGUGUGACUUGUAUACAAUAACGCAAUUUGAUGUUUUUACAUGGUUUUAUGCACUUAUAGUUUAUUAAAGGUGUAAUUAAUAAGGCUGGAUUUUUUAUUUGUUCUUUUUAGAUUAUCGUAGAUAAUGUGUAGCCAUUUAAUUUAACUGCCCAGUCAUGUCAUCCCACCAUAUUUCUGUUUUAUGCUUAUGUCAAAUUUCUUGGUGUAUGCGACUUCCUCUAGUUCCCCCGUUUUGUUGUUUAGACUCCUUGCAUUAGUAUUUAAUAUCAUGAGUCACUGGUACUUGAUGAAUUACUAUUACAUAUCUCCUCUGUUCUGAUCAUACCCCUCCCUUCCCCCGCCAGCUCCACCCACUUGUACAGAGGCAAAGCCCCAUAGUUCCUAUCUGUCAUUCGGUUUGGCUCUUCAAACCCUUCUCUACUAACAUUGCUGUUUAUCGCCCCCCUGGUUCCCCUCUCCUCUUCCUUGACCAUUUUGCUGCCUGGCUACCCUACUUCCUCUCUUCUAAUAUUCCAUCCCUAAUUCUCAGGAACUUAAGUAUUCCCAUUAACCCACCUUUUGACCUCAGUCUCUAAACUACUUUCAAUUACUUCCUCCCUCGGGCUAUCACAGUGGGCUAAUUCUCCCACCCAUGUAGCUGGCAAUAGUCAACCUAAUUUUCUCUUAUGCAUGUACACUAUCUAAUAUCUGCAACACUCCAUUUCCUCUUUGGUCACCACCUCUUAUCGUUUGCCCUCCCCACCCAACCCCCCUCAGCCUAUCCCCCCCUCAACUCAGGAGGAACCUUAAUUCUAUUGACCUCCAGUAGCUGUCAGCUGAUAUUGAUUCACAACUGCUAUCCAUCCUUUCCUUUUCCUGUCCAUCUCCACAUAUAACACUACCCUCACCUCUGCCUUGAAUGCUGCUGCCCUUCUCUAAUCACGCACCUCGAGGAGGACACACCCCCAACCGUGGCAUAAUGAAUCAACACGCUACCUGUAAAGAUGCUAUCGUUGUGCUGAACUCUCCUGGAGGUCUCGCACCUAGGCAGGUUUUCUCCCAUUAUAGAAUUAUAUUGUGUUCAUACAGCGCAGCUCUUGCCCUUGCCAAACAGUCAUACUUUACCUCUCGUUAGUUCAUGCUCCCGCAAUCCCAGUCGUCUCUUUAACACCUAGAAUUCUCCUCUUCGUCCUGCAGUUACCCCUUAAUUCAUUGUAACCACAGGAUAAUUAGCAAUUGACUAAAUACUCGUGUGGGUUUUCUGGGUGGCCGCUGUUCGGCAUACGAACGCGUGGCGGUGGCCAUCUUGCAUACGAACGCUCAGUGGUGUUUGGUCGUCGAGUGUCUGGAACCCAAAUCGGACACUCGAUUAUCCGAACACCACUGAGACCUCCAGAGCUCCGUAACUACCGAACGGAACAACUAGCCAGCCCAUCAUUCGGUGGAAUGAAUCUCCCAAACAAGGAGAUUCCUACGAACCCCCAGCUCAGCCCUGGAUGGCAAUGAUGUUUGUUUUUUUUAUCUCCCGAACAAAGACCGAGUGCAGGGCCAAAACACAUUGAAGUGUUUUCGGCUACUGCUUCGUGUGCGGUCGGUCAAAUAACUACUUCCACAUAACUCCCGAACCCCUGGUCUGAUCUGGGUGAUUUUUGAAUAUGUUGCUCACCCAGAUCAGGGCUACCAGGGGAUAUAAAACGUAUAAUUGUAUCUAGCAUAUUUGGGGUACAUCUGAAAACCGGGUAAAACUAUAUACUGUAUAAGUGAAUUAUGUGUCAUACUGAGGGGAGGAGAUGUGUGGGAGGUAACUGGUAAAUGAUUGGUCACUGUAAUUACUGUGGGUGCCUCCCUUGCAUGGGAGAAAUGCUUAAAAGAAGGAUGUGUGGAAUAAAGGUUCAGUUCUGCUCCUGAUGCUGUGUGUCGUCCAGUCAUUGGGAAAGGUGAUGGGAUAUUCUGGAUUACUGUGGAUACUGUUCUCUUGGAUUUUAAUACUUGUUCCUGAGCCUCACUUGGAUUACCAGCAGAAAUAGUCUGUGAGAGACCAGCUCUCAGCUACACUUGCCACUGUAGUACUUAUUCUGAGAAAAAUCUCUUGACACGUCCUCCCCCUCUAACUAUCUUCACAUAUCCCUGCUCCUUUAUUUCCCUCAAAGCUUCUGGAAAGAUUUAUCUACCCGUAUGUCUCACUUCCUCAAUUCCAACUCUCUCCUUGACCCUCUUCAAUCUGGCUUCCACCCUCUCCACUCUACUGAGAUUGCUUUUAUCAAAGUUACUAACUACCUAAUCACAGCUAAAUUCAAAGGCCACCACUGCAUAUGAAUUCUUCUUGACCUCUUUGCUGCCUUUGACUUUGAUUAUGCUCUACUUCUUCAAACUCUUCAAUAGCUCGGUCUCUGUGACUCUGUCCUCUCGUGGUUUUUCUCUUAUCUCUCCCAACGCUCAUUCAGUGUCUCCAUUCUAAUGAUACCUCCUCCCUUCGUCCUGUCUUGGAGACCCCCAAGGCUCUGUCCUUGGCCCCCUUUUAUUUUCUCUUUAUACUGCCUCACUUGGCAAACUUAUUACCUCUUUUGGAUUCCACUACCACCUGUACGCUGAUAACACCCAGUUAUAUCUCUCCUCCCUGGACUUCUCCCCUUAAGUCCUGCAACGUGUCACUGCUUGCCUUUCUUCAAUCCCCCCCCCUUUUUUAUAUAUACAGGAGAUGCUACCAAGGAGCUUGUCCAUGCUCUAGUAACUUCCCGCAUGGAUUAUUGUAACAUCUCCUAAUUAGUCUUCCAAAAAGCUGUAUUGCCCCGCUUCAGUCUGUAAUGAAUGCUGCCGCCAGACUGAUUUUCUUCUCUAGUCGAUCCUCUCAUCUCACCCCUCUCAGUCCUUACAUUGGCUUCCUGUAUCCUAUCGGAGUCAGUUCAAAGUAACCCAUCCCUAUAAAGUACUAAACCAUUCUAGCUCCUCCUGUAUCUCUUCACAGAUCCAUAGAUAUACCCCUUCUCGGUCCCUCCGCUCUGUCCGUAACCACCUUGUGUCCUCUCCUCCAACCCCAUACGGCCAGCUCACGCUUGCAGGACUUUUUGCGGGCGGCUCCCUUCCUAUGGAAUAGCCUGCCUACCCCAUCAGACUCUCCCCUAGUCUUCAAUCAUUUAAGAAGGGCCUUAAAACCCAUCUCUUUAGGAAAGCUUAUGGUCUCCAAGUGUAACCUCUACCUCAUAUACCGGUUUCUUACUCUCUCCUUAAGGGCAGCACUCUACUCUUUCCUCCAGCUCUGCUUCAUUCCCACCUUAUUUGAUUGCCAUUUCUUGUCCUUAUGUGUAUUAUACCCCACUUUCUAUAGACCGUAAGCUUGUUUGAGCAAGGUCCACUUCAACCUAUUGUUCCUAUAAGUUUUCUUGUAACUGUCCUAUUUAUAGUUAAAUCCCCCCUCUCAUAAUAUUGUAAAGCGCUACGGAAUCUGUUUGAGCUAUAUAAUUGGCAAUAGUAAUAAUGUCAAUAUGCCUGAUGGGUUGUGUGUGGGGUUUUUUUUUUUUUUUUUUUAAAUAUACCUACUUACCAGGGAAAGUGGUGUGUAUUCAUUGUUACUGUCAUAUCUUCCAGGAAUUGUCCUCACACGACACGACUAUUACACUAUUCCAUCUAUGGAGGAACUGGCUAAACUUACCGAUGACAAUGGCGAGUGCAGUGUAGAUGGCUUCACGAUUGGACGCAGGGGUGAGUGUCUGGACCCUUGGAAAUUUGACAAUGAACUUUCCUAAAGCUGUUGGUGUUCACUCAGCUAUAAUUCUAACACCCAGACAGGCGGAGGUCAUUUGAAGGAGGGUCUCCUUCAAAUGACCUCCGCCUGUCUGGGUGUUAGAAUUAUAUUGUAAUGCCUCUCUAGUUUAGGUGCGUACUGCUGGAUAAAUAAUGCAGGAGCCACACGCUAACUACAUGGAAACUAGAAUUCUAGAACCUCACUGGAGUUCUGGACCAUGAGUGUUUUGGUACUGGCUACCAAGCUUUUAGAAAAGCUGUGAUGGCUAACCUUUUAGUUUUAGUGACAUUAUUUAGGAAUUGAGUUAAGUUUAAACAUAUUUUACACUGAAACCUGUUCUCCAGAUCCUAGCUUCUAUUCCCAGUGUUCCUGUCCAGCUAGCAGCAGGAAAGAAUCCUAUCAGAAUAUUCCCCUUGUUUCUGUCCAGCUAGCAGCAGUUACAUUUUGUAUAAUGUGCAGCAGGGAAGACCAUGAAAACGCUUGGUUUAAGAUUUCACCCAUUUCCAUCUUCCAGGAUAUGGAUCGAUCUACUUCGACGGGAUCGUUAAUUUGACCAACUUGAACUUGGAUGAAAUUGUGCAUAUCCGGAGGAAAGAAGUUAUUGUUUACACUGAUGACCAGAACAAGCCCCCAGUGGGAGAGGGACUUAACAGGUAGGACACCGCUGUUACACCUCACAUGCUUCUUUCUCCCUGUAUACGCACACGGCAGUUCCUUCCUUUGGAUGUACUGGAGGGGGAGUUACUACUCCAGCAGCAAAAGGGUUAAAUUGCACAUACAGGCACCAUGACCACUUCAUAUCACUGUGGUUCUCAAGGUGCUUAGAGUAACCAUUUAACAGAUGUGUGGUGCCUGAAAAUGAAAUCCACACACCUGUAUUUAGUUUGAUCUGCCCUUUACACUCGGCAUUUAGCAGUGAUAGCAUAACCAGUCUUUCUCCAUCUGUGCAGUGUGUGCCUUGCCUGUGCCAGGACUGAACUGGAUUCUGAACUCUUGCUAAAUCCAAAAAAAAGCAGCCCCUGAAAAGGUUGACAAGUUGUAGGUGAUCACCAUGUACUGGUGAGGGUCAAUGCUUUGAAAAGCUUAUUCUAUCAGGAAUAUGGGGGCUCCUUUUGACUUACUAGAACCAUCUAAACCUACUUGGCACUUGUCAAAACUAUAGCAUUUGUGGAUUGUAUCUUUUAAAACGGAUUGGUUUAUUUUACGUUCCCCUUCCUACUGUUUCACCGAUGUUCUGUUGUGUUCCAGGCGUGCAGAGGUCACUCUGGACGAAGUUUGGCCAAUGGAUAAAACCACACGCAGUUUGAUUAAGAGCCCUGAACGUCUGUCUGAAAUUAAUUACAAGAGCAAAUUGGAGACUGCAUCACGUAAACAGGGCGCCCAGUUCAAAGAGUAUCGGCCAGAGACUGGCUCCUGGGUGUUUAAGGUGCGUAGGCAAAUCUUUGGUGUCUUGGUACUUUUAAUUGUUUGGAAUUUGUUUUUAAUGCUGUCAGUAAUACAAUUUACCUAUUCCAGUACUGAAUUUAUUUAAUGCAUGUUUGUGGCACACUUGUGUAGGUUGAAUGGAACUUUGUAUUUGAAUAAAUAGCUUGUGGACUCCUUUUUAAUGAAACGGUUUGCCUAACUGCAUAUACACAGUCUAUGCCAGUAACAAUAAAUUCAAUGACUAGAACUCCACAUGUAAAUGCCCGGCGAAUCUAUUCCAUUGAGCUAGUUUUGUCCAAAUAAAUUUCCACCAUAAUGUAUUUUCCAGGUUUUGUGCCUCCUUCAAGGUAGCUUCUGGCAUUUGGUAAAAGUAAAUGUGCUGCCACCACCAAUCCUUCCUCUUCCUGAAAAAUGCAGACCUUGUCCUGUGCGUGGCAAUCUUUCAGGAAUGGGCUGUUUGAUUUAUUUUUUGUGGCAUUUGGUUAACAUGCCACUGAUGGUGCCUCCCAUUUGUGUACACUUGCUAGCUGGGUGCAAUAUGUAGAUGAAAUGUCUGUGCUACAAAGCGGAUUCUUACCUAAGUUCUAAAAUCAGUUAAUUGUUCUUUCCUCGUGUCUUUGCUUUUCCAGGUCAGCCACUUCUCAAAGUAUGGGCUGCAGGAUUCUGAUGAGGAGGAAGAUGACCAGCCAGUAGCCAGUGCUGAAGCCAAGAAGCUAAAAGCUGCUCCUGCACCCACUCCAGUUCCACCAACCGCUCUGAAUGGGGAAGUCAUCCCUCCACCCCAGGUAGUGAAGGAGUUGGGGGUAUCUGGAGGUCUAGAAUGCAGGCCAACAUUUUAAAUCUGUUGGAUAAGUUUUAGUGGUCAUUAAAGUGACUUGUGCACAUCGGUUUAAUCUCUUUAAUUUAAAAUGUCUGAAAUCCUAGAUGCAUUACAUUUUAUAAGCUGUAUUUUGAGUUUUACAACAUAACGAUGUGUCUACCUUGAAGAUUCCUAACGUUAAGUUUUAACAUACACUCCAGGAGUGUGACUCUUUUAGUUUAUAGCUGCCGCUAUUCCUAUUUUUGGAACCAGAAUUUGUCCAGCAUGUCCGUUUUACCACAGUCCUGUUAAAAGCUUUGCCUGUGCUGCUAGUUUGGUGCCAUAAUAUUUGAAAUCUAAUAAUGCAGAGUUUUAGGUUAGUUGCUCGAAGUGCUAUUUUUUUUUUUUUUUUUUAAAGAAUUCUCAAAUAUACAUGUGACCUGGAAUGUAGAAUUUCAUGUGGUUGAAGUAUAUGCGACUAGUCUUUACUAUUGUGAUUGUUUUAAAAAAAAAAAACACCCCAAAAAGAACCUAAAAGUUCACUCUGAUUUUGCCCCUUCUAAAUCUGGAUUUAAUAGUUUUCACUUAUCUGUUGCAGCAGAUGGCAAGCCAAACUAAAUUGAAUAUCUAGUUUUGACUGUUUGUUAAUAUUAAAAGCCUGUGAUUUGUGUGAAAUACUCUUGCUGUUUUUUUUAAACUGUUUAUUUUCUAUAUUAAAAUUGCUGCUGUACUAUUUGUAAUGUUGAGUUUUAAUGACCUUGUUGGGCAAUCUGCACCCCCUCUAACUUUGCUGCCAUUAUUAUUCUUGGUAGUUGUGAAGGUGUGAGAAUCUUAUUGAUUCCUCUCUUUAACAUGGACACCAUUACCACUAUAAGAAACAUGCCAUUAAAAAAUUGACUAGAUGUACCCCUGAAGAAAAUCUGCAUGUAAUUUAUCCUGCUAUUUGUAUUUAGUGGUAUAAUCAUAGCUACACAGCCUUUGCAAGCCUAGUUUUUGAGUCUUCCCAAUGCAGCUCAAUGACAAGUCUGCCAGGCAGGUGCUCUGGGCAAUUGCUGCCACUGAGUUAACCUAACCAGGAAGUAACAGGAUCUGUUUACUGGGAGCUGGGAAGGUGUAAUUUACAUUUUAUUGAAAUCUGUACUUGUAGAAUAUGAUCUUAACACACACCGCUCUUCACUAAGCUGAAGUACUUUAUUUUUAAUGUAUGCCCUUAACCCCUUAAGGACCAAACUUCUGGAAUAAAAGGGAAUCAUGACAUGUCUCUCACGUCAUGUGUCCUUAAGGGGUUAAAAGUAAAACUUUAAACACAUUAUUGUAAUUACCUUCUUGUUUACAUAAAGGCUCCUCUUCUUUACUGGAGCCCCCAGUGUCCCAGGUCAGUGAAAACCCCCUAUCUGUUAAGGUCCAGGCAGCGCAUUGGAGUAUAAAAUCAGAGAACCCAGUAAUGUCAAAGUGCCUGAGCAGAAUGAAGACCAGACGAUGGUGGCAAUCUGCAGUCCUUGUCCAGUAGAGCAAGAUUGGUAUUGGUAGUACAUAAUGUAUGUCCAGAUCUCAGACAUGGACACUUUCUUACUUUUGAUAGAACGAAUUGAUUUGUAACUUUUUUAAUGUAUAAUAUUUCCGGUUUAGUCAUCUUGUGAUAAGAUAUGUUAAUCACAUUACAUUUUAUACCAAUGCAACGUUGCAUUCACAUUUACACUUUGUCACUUGAAGGUAUCUAAUACAAUAUAUUUCUACACCUUAAACCACGUUCAGGCAAUAUUUUAGGUGACCAACAAUAGACGGCAUAAACUGUAAACCUGGAUUAAUAAGACGCCGUCUUGUCAGUCAUGUCAGUGUGUAUUGCGUUGUGGUGGCUCUGGAGCAAAAAUGCCUGCUUUCAGUAAAAAAAACAAAUAAAAAUAAAAACUUGGGUUAUUCAAUAAAUUAAUGUGAAAUCAAAGUAAAUUUCAAAAUAACCAAACUGGAGUAAUUGUCAGCUUUGUUUUCAGUUCAGAAACUGAAAUUCUCUUAAAAUUCACUAGGAAAUAACCCUAUUGGUGUCUUUAUCUGCAACAUCCCAUGUUUAUGGUGUGGGUGAAAAUUUUAGAUGUUGGUCCUAUACCCAGUUCUAGCUUUUAGAAUAAAGUGCUGUCCAAUAACCGACAUUGCUAAUUUGGAGAUAUAUAUAUAUAUAUAUAUAUAUAUAUAUAUAUAUAUAUAUAUAUAUAUAUAUAUAUAUAUAUAUAUAUAUAUAUAUAUAUAUAUAUAUACACACACUCUCGAUACGCAUUACUUGACUUUCACAUUCUCCUUGAAAUUCCAUACUCACGUGUAGUUACGAGCUUUGACACCAGCAAGUACUAGCCCCAGAACAUCCAGGGCUUGAUGUAGAAGUCUCUCCCCUCUCAGCUGAGGCCAAGACUCAGUGGUCCCACUAGAACUAGCGUGCAGUGCCCAAAGUUGAGGUCUGCACACAGCUUCUAAAUCACUGUGACUGAAUUCACUGCGGAUUCACUCUGAGAUGGGGAGACCUACAGGAUUGGAAGUGUUGGUCUCACUGCUGAAAGUAAUGGGUAAGGAAAGCCUUGGAUUCUGCAGUAGAAAGGGAGGUUUUGCUCUCGUGCUCUCUACCAUGUAACCAGAGGGAAUUCCCUUUGCUGUAGGUUUAUCCAUAUAGAAACUAAACUGGUAUUGCUGCACGUGGUUGCCAGAGCUGUAUUCUUUACGUUAGUAGGGGGGGGGGGCACGGUCUGUGAAACACUUGGGAAGGGAAACCGCAAAAUUACAUUUUAACCAGCAGAUUUGCAAAAGUUAACAUUUCUGAAUUUAAUUAAGUUGCUUUUGGUAAAUACCGUGGGGGUACCCAAUUUGGCUUCAGAAUCCAAAUUUACUCAUUUUCAUAACUGAAAAAUGAUUUUGUCAGUUGGGACGAACUAGUGGAUUUUGUAUAUGUAUAUUCUGAUAGCUGGGUUUAGUAUGCUACGCUACCAGCAGUCGGGACAUUUACAGUUAAGGUUUGUGUUGCAGCUGGUGUUGGAUUCUUGGAUUGAUGGUAAAGUGACAUGAGUUGCAGUAACCAGAAUGGUUAAAAUUAGUCUUGUCCCAAAUGUGAUUCUAAAAUGUAACACUCCUUGUCCUGUAGUACAGCUGCUAACAGUUUGUGUAACCCAGCUUACCUUGCUAAGCAGAGUUUUUCAAGUAACUGCUUUUUCACAAAUCUAAUUUGGUGUUUCUAUAAAGAUGUUUAAAUCUGCCUAAACCUUAACUCAGUAGAUUUCCAUGCAGUGGGAGAGCUGCACAACAAUCACUAAGACACUGCUGUACGCUCUGGACCUCGCUGUUCUCUGUGCUGUCAGAGUCUCUGUAUGAACCUGUCCUCGAGGGCCAGCUGCAUGUUUUGUUUUAUUUUAUAGCACCUGGAACGGGUUGACACGAAAGGAAAUCUUUAUAUGGGUCAGCUUUAUUACAUUUUUAUUGUUUUGUGUGGUACCUGACUGGUAUAUUGAUUGCUGUGCAUUUGCCAUCUUUUUCUCUCCUGUUACAUAGACCCUUUUUAGGAAUGUCCCUUAACGUGUUUUUUGUAAAAUUACCUCAAAUUUGAGUUUGAUUUUCAAAUUAUAGGAUUGGUGCUUUAGCAUGUGCUCCAAGGAAUACUGUAGGCACCAAAUCCACUUCUGUAGUUUAACAUUAUGGUUCCUGGAGGCCAUGGGUGCCUGGUCCUGUGCGACACUGUUUAACAUUUAGUGUGUUUUUGUGGUGCUUGCCCUCCAGUGGCAAUAUGGAAUUGUGAGUGCUCCAGUACCAGCACUUCGCUUUGUUCGGUUAAUUGAAAGCUGAAUUGCAAAGUUGAGAUGAAAACUGGGUCCUGUAUUAAACAUUACAUUCACGUUUCUUCUAGUUUUGUACACUUGUUGCAUUUACUUGUGUAGAAAAUGGUUACUUCACCUAAAUGGCAGAGACUGCAGGGCGUGAUCUGUACACCAAAACUUCUCCGUUCAGCUAGUUGUGUUUUGGGGACUUUAGUGUCCCUUUAAAUGUAGACUUUAUAUUUAUUUUGGUACAGUGUGUAUAUAUACACAGAAUAGCAACAUUGUGAACAAAAAAAACUUACUGGACCUUUAGAAUUUUGAUGCAAGAAGGAAAAACCUUAAGUGUGUGCCACUUUUUAUACAUAACCUUCCUUUGUUUACAGUUUGGUUUUAUGUAGAACUUUCCAGCAGGAAUUUGGAAACAAGCCAGAGAAGAAAGGCUUAUCACAAGGGUGAAAUCCAUGCCUAGGGGCCAAUCGUGUCAUUUUAACUUGCCAUGGAAGGGAGUUAGAAUUCAGUCUGCUAUACAGGACUAGAUUUUCUCUGCUCCUUCCAAGAGACUCCUGAAUGUGAUAAUUAACCCCUUCUCUGUAAAUUAAGAGUCCACGGGAACUCCAAAUAGAAAUCCCUGACCUUUUCAAAUAGAAUAAAAUGUCUCUCCUAGAAUUUUACAAAAAAAGUAGAAAAUGGAAAAUGUAUCAAUUUAAGAAUACUCUGCAAAAUGUUCUCAUUUGUCGGAAGCACAUACUUACAUGAGAGAAACUUUCCAGAAAGAAGCACUCAAAGUCAAAGCUGAAGAACAAUUACUGAUUAUAUGAAGCACGGUCUCGGAUUAGCUACCACGGGAAUAGUUCCCAACAUUGAAUUAUUAGAAUUGCUAUUGAUUUAAGAUGAGUCUAUGGUGUGGCUCAUGGCAUGUAACAAGUCUUCAAAGUGGCCCUUGACUUCCAAGAAUGUUUUCCUAUUAAAUUUCUUAUGUGUUUUACGUGGUGCCUGCCCAAUGCAUUAUGGUAGAAGCGGUGAUCACUUGGUCAUGGAAGUUGGUUGAUGGAAAGCUAUAGCUUAGCAGCUUUGAUAGGACAGGAAGAGAAGACCCAGUGCUCUCCCAGCCACCAUACUUGCAGUUCUUGGUGUUCUCUUUCCGUUGAAUAUAGUAUUCGUGAAGUAGAGCAAGUUGGGAUCUUUGUAGCAAGCAGUUUGCUAGUUGUGCAACUAGGCACCACACCGUCUGAUAUCCUGGCUAGUGUUUCUGUGAUGGCAAUGAUAUUCAGAUUAACCUCCCUGCCGGUCUGAUUAUGCCAGUAUUUUUUAUUUAUUUUUUAAACUUGGUUUUUUAAUUUUUUUAUUUUAUUUUUUUAAUGUAGGGGGCGAGGGAAGAAACACAGCAUGUAUGUCAGCGCAGCACACAUUUUAUCUCCACUGGUUCCCCUGAAGGCUUAGAUACAGCUUUAGAAUGGAUCCGGCAACAAACAGUCCAUCCAUAGACCAUAAGAACAACUAAAACAGUAUAAAUAGUUAUACCCAAGGGGAGAGCCACAUGUCCCAGAACGUCUGCACCUCUAGAUAUCAGGAACUGGUAGGGUGUGUCAUGGGAUAAGCCUUAAGUCACCCCUCUGUGAUGUUAGUUUGUGUGAGUGGUGGGCGCACAAGAUAAAUGGGGGACUCGCAACCAGAUAUUACCUUUUGAGGAGGUGGGAAACUAGAGGGCAUACUAUGGAAGUUGGAACCUAAGCAGUGGUCUUUACUACAUCUGUGUUCAUUAUCGGUUGGUGUAAAGGUGCAGGUGAGGCAUGAUGUGCAUGGAUUCAGUACAAAUAUAAAAAUUGUUUUUGCAUGAUUUUGAUGUAGAACAGGGUUACUAAAGUUUGCAUAAUCAGGGGUUACAGAGUCAAGGGGUAGCCAACCUCCACGCAUCCCACAUGUCCCAGACCAUUUGGCAAGUCUGUGAUGGUGGUAGGAAGAAUGUAUUUUUUUUGUUACAGUGGUACAUUGUUUUUACAAUGUAUUGUGUGUGAAAUUUCCCACCUAGUUCUGCCAGGCAGUGCUCUCGGAGAAAGGGAACCUGGAAGACUGAUGCCAACAUUGGGCGGAGGACACCAGGGGCUCGUAGGGACAAGGUAAAGGAUACUACAGUGUAAUCCCGAGCGUGGCUCAGGGUUACCGCUUUUUGUACUGAAAAUUAACCCUGAGCCACUAUUGGGAUUACCGCCAGAGAGGGAAACACGGGAGGUACCCUUGAUAGUAAAUGAAUAGACUAGAGACAGGAACGCCAUUGUAUUUCAGCUUGCUGUAUGGAUUCUGGUUCAAGCACUCUUUGUGAUGGAUACAUGCUGGUCCUGGGUUUGAAUAUUAAAUUCGGGCUGUUUUUAAAACUCGUGGGAUAGAGGUGAUUAUGAAGUGCAUUUUGCAGGACCUGUUCUUGUCCUGAGAGUGAUUGUACAUAGAAUGUGCUGCCAACACAACAUCCUCUCUUUCUACUUGUUUUCCAGAGCGAUGCUGUUCAGCAGCCAAGCCGCGUUUUGGAUUUGGACAGUGACAUGGCAGAUGUCACCCAGGACCAGCUGCAGGACUCUGUCAUGGAGCCCCAAGAAUUCUUUGAGGAACAGGAAUCCAUAUCUGCAUCUUCUCACAUGGCCUCUACAAUGGGUGUGAAUCCCCAUGCGCUGCAGGUAGAUUAUUCCCAAAAAUGUAGCUACACGGCCAAGGACUGCUGCUUUACAUGUCAGACAAAUGCAUGUUUGAAAGGAAGAACUGGUCACUAAUCAAUAUUGUAUAAAUGCGCAAUGUGAAAUACACUUUGAAAUGGUUGCUGGUAAGUCAUUUUUACUGCCUGGAAAUGCCUCUUGGUAAAUAGAAAUUGGUUAUAGAAAGCUGGUAAUUUGAGUAAGGUAGCCUCCUCUGGGAAAAAGUCCCCAUUUUUAAUAUUUUAAUGUAAGAAUGCCUUUAUAAAUUCUGUAAUCAGUAAGCCAAGGCACCUCCAUAUGCCCAAAAUUGUCACAUUAACAUGGCAUAUUCGUUUCUUGUGCAUUUGUGUACACUCGGCUAGUGUGCAUCUACCCAGGUACUUGUUUUUCUGAGCUAGUUGGUUUCAUGUAAAGUUGGAGCAUGCCUGUCUAUUAGCUGUAAGGGAGCUAUCAGUGUGCAAGAAAUACGUUUAUUAAAAUUAAUGUGGAUCGGAUUGUAGGGACCCUGGCAUGUAUUUCUGUACUGAUUCUGAUCCAAGCAAUAGAUUCUCUGGAAAGUCAUGCGGCUGUUGUCUGAGAAUACCAUAACAAGCGUUUUGUUCCUUCCAGGUGAUGAAAGCCUCCCUCUUCAUGGAAGAUGAUGGUGGUAUGAUUACUGGCUUCCGGACUUUUUCUCCAGCUCUGGACACCACCCAAGAUAUCCCCUCCCCCCGUCUUCCAAUCUCCUCCAAAAAGCAGAGGAAGCCCACAAGUACGUUUGCAUAAUCUUUCAUUGUUGUUAACGUUCUCAUAUUUCCAGCCGUUCUAGUUCUCCGCUAAUCAGACUGGGAUAGGGACUCGUUAAUUUCCCAGGUUAUUGGUGUUAAACAUUUUAAGCAUUAGUGUUGGCCAGUCUGCCUGGGCAGAAAUAGGCUUCUCAGAGCAGUUAGCGGGCUGCAUUAUCCUGUGACUCAGAGUGGAUCACCAGCUUGUAACUUUAUUUACGUGACUGUGAGGAAAAUAAAAUGUAAGCUGUGCUAUUUAAUAAGAACGCUGGAUGAGAUGCAGCCUCUUAUUUCAACCGCCAAACAGAAUGCUGGGUGAGGUUCUGCACUUUAACUUGCCGUGCCUUGCUCAACUUCAACUAACUCAAACAGCAUAGGGGAAAUUCCCAUAGUGCAGUACUGUCUUUUUAGUAGUUUACAUAUAUUUAAUUUAGUAUAUACUGCAAACUGUUUGAUGAUCUGCAGGGUAUCGCACAGCAGGGCUCGGGUCUGUUUGGCGGCUGAAAUAAGAGACUGCAACUCAUCCAGGAUUCUGGUCCAGGUGAAAAUCUGAAGCGUGAUGUAAACAGCUGCUUGUAUGACCAAGAGCAGGUCUAACAGCUCUUCACCACCUGAGUGUGGCUAGGACAUUUAUUUCAUUCAUUUUAAUAGUGUUGCACUAUAUAUUUUUGUAUCUCUUUGAGGUUGCAGCUGAAGAGAUCACUACUAGCAACAUUUUAAAAUAAUUUUGGCAUAACCGAUUCUACAUUAUUUUGGACUUCUGUUUAUUUACAGGGUACUUUGUCUAUAAAUUGUUUGCUGACUGUCUUUACAACAAGUGCUAGAUCAUAUAAAGCAUGCUCGGCCAGGCCCAGUUGACGUAUAAUAAGUGAAAUAUAUUGAUGAUAUGUUAGUCAGGCUGCACCCAGAGUGGAUUGUACUUUCCUGAGCCCCAGUAAACAGUUUAGUGGGAUUAACUGGAACUAUCACAAAGUCAGACACCAAUUUAUAGCAUUCUGUCUUGGGAGUUUAAUGCGAUCACUGGUGUAGUGAAAGUGAAUACAGAAAAUGUAACUGCUUCGAAUUACAGGCUUGAUCUCUGUGGAUACACAAAGCACUCUUCCACUCCCACAACCUCAUCAAAUAUCAGACGCACUACUGAUUAAUUUAUUCUUUUCGUAUACCUCUCUACAUGGGUUACUUUUCCCAGCAUGCACCAAGAGCGCUCAGUUUAACUGCUUCAUGUUGAGAAACCUGUUCCUUCCUUUUCAUUCCCUCACACACUUCCCAGUUUAAAGAAACCUGAAAAUACAUUUACAGCUCAUACCAUGCUUCGUUUUGAGCAUUUCAAGAAUGGUAAUCCACAUAAAUGGAGGGCUAGUGAUUUCUUGGCAUUAAGUGGCAUAUAUUGGUGAUAUCGUCAAACUAUGGCUGAGCUGCCAUUAGCAUGCUCAUUCCUUAUGGGUUUCCACCAUUUACUGCUCUGUUAACACACAUUGAUUGUAAGCAGCUGAUCAGCAAAGACCUGCCUCAGCCCAAAAUGAAUACAUUUGUAUGCAAUAAAAGAUUGUAAAAUAGUCCAUUGUUUGCCGACCUAACCAAACACCCUUGGCACCAAGAGUUAAAAGAUUUUUUGCUUUUAGACUUUUGUUUGUGAUUUCACUCUGGUAAACUGCUUCCGUUAUCCUUUUUAGAUCUUCUGCAAUCAAGGUUUUCAGGGACCCUGCUCAAACCCUCUGAUUCUCAAGAUCCCUGGAGCCCAAGAGCACCCUCUUCUAAUUCAACUUGGCCCUCCUGGUCUGCUCCAGCGCCGCUGUCUUCUGUAUUUUUGAUGCCCCCUUCUGCCCCUGAAAUUCCACUCAGAACAGUGGGUACUUGCAGGCAGCGAACACUUGUGUCACGGGAUGUGUCUCUCACAGCUGGUCGUGGAAGUCUGCUGAUUGAUAUGGCACUGUUCAUGGGAAGGUCAUUCAGAGUGGGUUGGGGGCCAAACUGGACUCUGGUUCAUAAUGGAGACCUAUUAAGUAAUGCAAAUGAGAGGGAGGAUGAGCCAGUUAUCACUGGGCCCACAGAUUUUGAAUAUCUACCGAAACCCAGUUCUGGAAAAUCGUAAGUAAUCCAAAACUGAUAUGUGAUGGUCUGCAUUCAUUGUACGUGAAAUGUUUGUUUAGGAAUAAUUGCUCUCUGACUGUAGGGGAGAUAUUCUAUAAUUGGGUUACGUACAUUAAGAGUUCAAUUAUCUACCUACAGCCUUGCAGAAUCCCCGUUUAAAGUUCAUGUAGAGAAGUUAAGUCUGGAAGAGAAAGUGAGAGAUCUACAGUCAUACUUGAUGCCACUGGAGAUUGAAUUGAAGAACAGUACGGUGGAUACCACAGAGACAUGUCCUCGAAUUGUGCCUAACCCCGGGGUGUCUGCCAUUCAUGACUAUGCUGGCUGGGCCACUGACGUGUGCUGCGAAUCUCCAGACUUAGAGAGUGAGUACUGUAUUAAGAAACCAGAAUCUCUAACCCACAUUGGUUAGGAAAUCUUGAGUUCUAGAUCAAAUGUGAAACCUAGGAUGGGUUUUCGUAUAUUAAAUAUUGCUACAGACUAUAUGAAAACGCAGCCUUUAUUGUGCGAUUGCUUGAUUUGUGUUUAUCUUGGUGUCUGGCUCCAUUCUUAUUUCACUCCCCUCUUUCCUGUGUAGCGGUGGUGAAAGAGUGGUAUUUAGCAUGGACCCUUUGUGAAGCUCUGUGGGGCCAGCUGAAGGAGCUAGAAGUCAGUCUUGAUGCACCCAGUGACUAUGUGAAGAGUUUGGAGCGUAGGAAAGCCUUCUCACUGUGGUUGGCUAAUACUGCAUCAGAGAGAAUCCAGGAGGAGGUGUCUCGGUAUGGCCACGAGCGUCCCAUUGAAGCAGUGUUCAGCUACUUGACUGGUCGGAGGAUCAGUGAAGCUUGCCUGCUGGCUCAAAAAUCAGGUGAGUUCGGUGUUGAUUCUGGUUUUCAAAACUGGAAAAAGUCUUCCAUAAUUCAAUAUCAGACAAAGAUGAUUUUUUUACUGGUCUCUCCAAACCCCCCUUUGUGCCUUAAAAGCAUGUUGCAAACUGAAUCCAAGGAGGCUGUGCUCUCCUAUAAACAGUCACUCUUUCAGAGCCUUGGUACUCACGGCUGGCUUUGUGUUAUAGGUGAUCACAGGCUUUCCAUGUUAAUCUCACAGUCGAUCGGGAGCCAACCGGUGCGGGACCUUAUUACCAUGCAGCUCUUAGACUGGAGUAAACUGCAAGUGGAUUGCUUCAUCCAGGAAGAGCGGCUGAAGGUGUUCAGCUUGCUGUCCGGCACACCGGUAAAUUCGUGUUAAUGUCUGUCAGCUCUGGUGCAUUGCUUUCUCACACAGCUCUGAUAUUGGUGUACCUUUUUGCCUUUUUAGGUUUGGCGCUCUUCGGAUAAGACUAUAAAUGUCUGCUCGCAGUUGGAUUGGAAGCGCACAUUAGCCAUUCAUCUCUGGUUCAUGCUACCACCCACAGCCUCUAUUGCACAAGCUUUGAAGAUGUACGAGGAUGCGUUCCAGGUAACUACUACUUGUGGGUAUUUUAUCUCGCUACUCCGGCCCAGCAUUCUAUAAUGUAGGAGUUCCGAAUUAAUUUUUCACGUGGAACCCCCUUUAACAUAGUUUCGAACAUCUUGGAAUGCCCCCCCCCCAAAUGUUUUUGUUGUAACACAAACCUUUUAAUUAAGAGACACUAUAGUCACCUACACCACUUCAGCUUAAUGAAGUGGUCUUGGUGCCUGGUCCCUCAGGUUUUAUCCCUUCACAUGUAAGCAUAGCAGUUUCAGAGCAACUGCUAUUUACAUAGCAGGGUUAAUCCAACCUCUAGUGGUGGUCUUCCUGACAGCCGCUAGAGGCGCUUCUGCAUCGCUGGAUGCGAAAUUUGCAUCCAGCAUGCAGAACGUCCAUAGGAAAGCACUAAGAAAUGCUUUCCUAGGACUGUUUGAAUGCGCGCGGCACUUGCCGCUCAUGCACAUUCUGCUCCACUCGGGAGCUGGCGGGGGAGGAGAGGUCACCAGCGCCGGUUAAGCUGCUGAUGGGUUUUUAACACCUUCAGCGCCACAGGAGGGGGACCCUGAGGGUGGGGGUACCCUUAGGGCACUAUGUCAGGAACACCGCUUUGUUUUCCUGACACUAUAGUGAUCCUUUCGCAGAGUCUGCAAAUUUAGUUUUUUUUUUUUUGUUUUUUAUGUAUAAAAUUAUUUUUACAGAUGGUAAACAGAUUGUAGAACUUAGGAGCAGGUGUUUGUAUAUAAUUUUAGCAUUUUAAUACAGGGGUGUCCCUAAGUGCAUGGGUUAGUAUGUAAUGUUUGCAUUUGUGUGUUUGGAUGUAAUGUUGGCUUUUAAAUGCAUGUGUGUAGUAUUGAUGUUUAAGUGAAGGAUGUGUUUGAGUGUUUUUAUAUAUAUAUUUUGGAGUUUAAAUUCAGGGGUGUGUUUGCAUGUUGUGCUGGGAUAUUUGCACAUACACUGCCACAUACAUACUUACAGAUAUACACACAUUCAUAAGCACAGACACGAAAACACUGGCGCAGAUGCACACACACACUUAUAGACAGUGACACAUGCACACCUUGACAUACAGAUACACAGCCUGGCACACACCAUUUUUUUUUUUUAAAUAUAUUUGCAGUCCUGUUAGCAUACCUGUUAGCACUCCCGGCUGCUGCCUCCAGCAUGGUGUCUUCUAUAUGAAGCUGGGAGGAAGUGACCAUCCGUCAAUUCCUCCCAGCUUAGCAUAGCAUACUACGGGUGCCAGGUCACGCAAUUAAUCAGCUGUAGCGCUAACCAGGUCCCUAAGUGCAUGGGUCACCCGAUGGGCAAUUCAUCGCGGAUCCCCAGUUUUGUGUCCGUGGAACACCAAUUGGGAAACGCUGCUAUAAACUGUUUCUCUCCAACCCUUUGGUGGGGGGAGAACGUUUCUAUGUAAAAUGUUAAAUUGGGCACUAUAGAAAAGGUCCCCCCUUCUCAGAUUGCAGUAUAACUUGCACACAAAAAAAGCAAAAAGAAAUUGUAAUUUAAAAAAAAAAAUUUUAAUUUUUUUUUUUUAACUUUCCAAUGCAGUGCUGGGCAAAAUGAUCUUCCAUGCACUCUGAUAUCAAAGGAGCAUCUGUGUUCAAUAGAAGGUGGUGGGUGGGAGGUCAGUGUCAGUCUCACGUGCUAAGGGUAAACUAGACCCCAGCACACAAUUAACUCUGUAUGUGCAGUGUUUCAAGCAGAAACUUUUUAUACCAAGACCACCAUAAUCACUUAAAAUCAUGGAUGUGGACGUGGUGUUUAGAGUAACCCUUUAAUGGGACAUUACCAUUCACUCUUUUUAUAACAUUAGAGGUUGCUGAUCUUUCAGUGCUUAAUAGGUCCAAGGUUUCAGUUUGAGGGUCUUCCCUUGCUCUUAUUCUGCAUAGCAUUCUUUGGGAGCUCUGAUAUAUAGCGAUCUAGUUUGCUGUUGAAGAGCACACUGCAACACUGAUUCUUUUGUAUCUUAUUCCAGACUGUUUGUCUCCCAGUAUAUUGCACCUGUACCUGCCAGUAAUGGGCGCUAAGGAAGUGGAACGGCAGGUAGAUUGGCCAAAAAGGAACAUCAACUAGGGUCUGGUUCAUCCAUGACAGGGGCCAGAUCUGCCUCCAAUGGGCCAAUAGUAAAUGGUUAACAUUCAGAAAGGAAAAGCUACAUUUUGCUCAGCGCAAGUCCAGUUUUUGUAACUUUGCUAGACUGGGAAAUCUCUUUAUCAGACUGAGUGGACUUAAAGAUUUUUUGUUUUUUUACCUUACACCCGUUUAAAUUGACUUCUUUUGGUUAUCUGUGUAGUUUGACUAUUUUUGUGGUCUAAUCCACCAUUAUGUUGAUUCCUCUCUAACCCCAUGUUAGGACCUUAAUGGGACAUCCUAUGCCUGUUACCCACUCCCUCCUUAUCUAGAAGACACAAACAUCUGCUUGGAUGAUGACCUAGCGACUCCUUCCUCUCCCUCCCUGCAGAGAGAUGUCUGCUUCCACCUGCUAAAGCUCUAUAGUGACCGGUAAGUCCACCUCAUGCUCUACUGGUAGAAUUUUACUGUCCUUGUGCAGCCUGCUUCCUUCCCUUAUUCACCUUUUGUCCUAGUAGGUUUCCUGUAAGGCUAUACAAGGUCACAGUAUGGUGUCUGUUUCUGCUCAGAAGUGGCUUCAUUGAAGUUAUAAUAUCAAAUGAUUUUGAAAAGCAGAAUUAAUGUUACAAAUCCUAUUUGGAACAAAGAUGCUUAUCGCUUACUAUAUAUGGAUUUGCAACUUGCUCUGAUCUACAUUAAUAACAGCCUCUUGUGCUGUUGGUAAAUCGUGUCAAAUUUUAAUCUUUUGAUUUUUGGAUAUCCUAGGCAGUACAACCUUGGUCAGCUGUUGGAUCCUAAAAGUGUGACUGCUGAUCCUCUGGAUUAUCGCCUUAGUUGGCACCUGUGGAUGGUCCUUCAAGCCUUACAAUUCACGCACCUUUCUGAAGAAAGACAAGGCGUCCUGCACGCUAGUUACGCUGCACAGCUAGAGAAUGUGGGUCACUGGGAGUGGGCUAUAUUCAUUCUGCUACAUGUCCCUAAAUCCAAGUAAGUGAUGCUUCGCUACAAUAGCUUGCUCUUCAUAUAACCUCGAAUGAACGAAAUUCCAAAUAUUAGGCAAUCACUAGGUCUUCACAUCCUUUCUUGUUGUAUCAUUUGAUCUGAGUGAAAAGGGCAGUGGAGUUGAACUAAGAAACGUACUUCUCUCCCUGUAGAGUAAUGUACUUAUUAUCCAUUCCUGGCGAUGUCUGCUACAUCUUGACGUUAUUUUGAUGCAGUGAGGGCUAAAGUUUGCUUUGAAUUUUGGUGUGCGCACAUCUAAUAAAUGGUAAACGGGUGCAUUUUUUUUCUUUCAUUCUAAGUUUGUAAUCUUUUCUUUAGCAUCCGUGAAGCUGCCAUCCGUGAGCUUCUCAACAGACACUGCAUAUUACGGGAAACACCAGAGUCUCUGGCUAAGGAGACCUUCCUUGUUACCAAGCUUUGCGUCCCAGCGGAAUGGAUCUAUGAGGCCAAAGCAAUCCGUGCAAAGAGGCACAACGAUCGCCAUAAAGAAUCCCAUUACUUGCUAAAAGCUGGCCACUGGAAUGACUGCCACAAGCUGGUGACCAGAUAUCUGGCUUCAGGUAACUGCUUUCCUUGUAUAUCCCUGAAUAUUGUCCUUGGCUGUGCGUGGAAAUGUUCUGGGACCCAUCUCUCCGUUACAUUCCCAUUUAUUUCCAGAUGCCAUAAUCAAUGAGGAUUACAAGUAUCUGAGACACUUCCUAGAUGUACUGGCAUCCCCUGAGCGCUGUAAGCACAUUCAGGACUGGGACACGGCUGGCCAGGUGUACCUGGAUUACACCACUGUCGUAGAAAUGCUCAACUGUAUCCAGCAGGUAAUGUACAAAGAAACACACUACCCCUGGGGCUCCGAAUCUAAACUCACAAGAAAAGUAACACGUUAACUUUCAAAGUAUAUGAAUCUUUAACAUUUAGGUGUUCCUCUCAUUCUCUGAGCUCCAAAUUGUAGGGAAUUGAGAAACAAAUUGCAAAAUAUCUGCGUAAAUAGAACAUUUAGAAAAUUCUCCUCAUUGAUCUGUAGUCACGGUAUAAGUGACAUACACAGCUGGAAAUCUACAAAAAAUAAGCAGCAACAAGUGUAAUGUUAGGGAAAUACUGAAGUGCUUGAUCUUCAUCUACACUAACAAUAUUACACGGUUUGCUGAUUUUCCAUUUUGUUAUGUAUAAUGUAUGUUUAAAGAGGCACCAUCUGAAAAGGUCUCUUUAGGGAAGCUGUGUACUCAUAUUAUCUGCUAAAGCAAAGUGUGUUAGUUCACUGCGCGAUUAUUUUAGCCAUAGUCUUUAUUACAUGCUUUUCAGUUAACUAAAUUUGCUUUUGAGUGUAUAAACACCCAAACUAAUUGUCAGGAAUUUGACUGAAAUCUCCCAAAUUGCAGAAAUUUUAAAAUAGUCCAAAAUCAUGUUUUCAAAUGUGUAACAGACUUGAACAAUUGGGCCUGUUGUGCUGGCCUUUUUUAAUUUACAUUAAAUUACCUUUACUUUAGUUUGCUGUGAGCUUGUGCUAUGUCCUUGUCCUGAUUCCCUGGACAUUGUGCUGGCAGGUCAGAGCCGUAACACGUUAAAUGCAGUAAGAACGAGGAGAAAGGGAGUCCAGCAAAGACACACUGUACACUUUGGGAGAUAAGUGCAUUUUUCUGUAAAGGAAAUGGAACGAGGGAGGCUUAACCCCUUAAGGACACAUGACGUGUGACAUGUCAUGAUUCCCUUUUAUUCCAGAAGUUUGGUCCUUAAGGGGUUAAAGGGAAAAUAUGGUGCCAGGAUAGUGCACGCGUCCUGCGUAAGGGGUGACUUACUUUCUGUGACAUCUAUCGAUCUCUGGUAGACCGUCACUAGAGGUGAACUUAUCCCUGGCAGGUUAUUAUUGCAGUUUAUCAAACUGCAAUAAUUACAAUUGCAUGGCUAAGAGGACGGGGGCACUGCACUUCAUUGAGGUCUGGGUGCAUAUAGUGUCACUUUAACCUGUUAAAUACAGAUCCAGUGUUUUUGAGAACCCUACCUAUGAGACCCAUAAGAUCAGAAUUGGUUUUACAAUGUAGAAUAAACGCUCAGUCCUGAAACUGGCAUCAAGUUAUCUGAAUGUGCAAACGAACGGAUCUACUUUCUGUGUGUGAAUCUUCUUUGCUUUCUUUCAGGCUGAUUAUUCAGGCUGUGAACUGGAGAGAUUACACACCAAAGCAACGUCUCUUUGUAACCGGGUGGAGCAGAUCCCCUGCUAUAAUGCCAAAGAUUGCUUGGCGCAGUCGGGUAAGAGGCGGCUCAGUGGCUAACUGCCAGUCACGGUCAGAUCAGCCUUUCACCCUUCUGAAACUGUUCAAUUGAGUCUGACCCCAGGAUUUCCUUGAUUGACAUCAUGUUUCUGUGCCCUUUUGACUGGGCUUUGAAAAAUAAAGUGGACUGUACAUUCUCACUGCCAUCAGAUUGUCCUAUCACUUAUUCUUUAUCUCUCUAUAUGGUAGAAUAAAGCAUGCUGGUCCUGGUGUGUUAGGGGUGAAAAUGUCACUUAUAUCCCUUAUGGUUACUAUAAAUUUAUGCUAUAACAUUUUGAGAUCCGUAAAUGCAUCAGCUACUUGUAACCGAUGCACUAAAAUAACUUUGUUAAUGAAGUGAUUGGAAUACAAAGAUUUCCCCUUCAGCUUUUUUGAAUGCUGCUAGCAAAUGCAGAAGCAUUGAUUCUCCGUAAAUGUCAGAAUGUCUGUACUUGUCUGAAGCCUUACUGACAGUUGGUGGCCAGUGAUAGCUUGCUUGUCUGAAGCAUAUCACUGUUGCUCAGACUAAUACUUCGGAGUUUAACGCUGAAGGGAAAUCCUCCUGCUUGCAGACUAUUCAAUGAAUUUAAUCACGGGGAAAUCCUAAAAAAGCUUUAAUUGAUUUCCCCUCACAGCAUGUGAGUUAUAAUUAAAUCUAUUACUAUCCCCUGUUCUCAGUUAAUUAGCUGUGAAUGUUUCCGGUCUGUCGCAGCCUGUGUGUGCGCUAAAAAACCUCUUGCGUUAUUAAUGUUGAAGUAACUAAAUGUGCAAAUAUCUGAAGUAAUGCGACGAUAAAGCAGAUUAUGAAGAACUUUAAAUUAUUUUAAUGACUUAAUGUUUACACAUUUUGUUUCCAGAGAUGGCCAAGCGUGUCGCCAACAUCCUCAGAGUUGUCCUUCGUUUGCAGCAUUCUCCAGAAUCCAUGUCUGAUGACUUACCAGAUGCCAAUCGUGUUCCAUUUAAACUGCUUGUCCCCCCUGUUGGCCGUCUCCCGAUGCCAGAGGACUAUGCCCUGGAGGAGCUUCAUACCUUAACUCAGUCUUAUUUGAGAGAACUGACUGUUGGCGGACAUUAA